AUGGUGAUGAGUGGUGGUGGUGAAGGCGCUGUUGAUGAUGAUGCUUGGUUGUUGGUUCUACGUUGGCCGUUGACAUCGUCAUCAUUGCGCUUCUCUCGGUUCAUUCGUUCUUCUCACUUUUACAUACAAAAAUUAUUUGAUGCGAAAGAUUUUACGAAAGAUCACUCUGCUGUUCUAUUGCUGCGUUGCGUUCCUUUUUUUCGGGCGAAAUUUAUGUUAAGUGAGCGUAAUGUUUUACUUUUUGAAUUUUGUGGAACUUUACUGAAAUGGCUCACUCGCUUAAGUAAUUUUCCCCGAACUGCUAGCGUGCAAUUCGUUUGUGCGGAUUUAUUUACUUUCUAA